AAAAAAGAAAAAAGAAAAAGGAAAGAACAAGGUGACGUUAAGAGCAACGGGGGAAUCUUGACAGAAAGAAACGACCUUCGGGCUAGAGAUCUAAUAACAAGAGGACACGAGGCUAGAGAGAAUAUGAAGAGGAAGAAACAAGAUUAAGUGGCUGGGGCAACGAAACGACGAGAGAUCCGGAGAAGGAGCUCGAUGACGGCGAAUAAUGACACGGAAUCGACGCUAAAGGAAAAAGGGAAAUACUCGAUCGAAUGAACAACCGAGCCAUAAGUAGGUGGAAGCAUGAGAAUUCCAAGUGGAUGUCUUUCCUCGGCUCGAUCGAAGUACUACUCGGUUACACGUUACACCGGCCACCGGCACUCGCGUCACGUAUCGAGAUCAAUUGAGAGGCAAAAAUGGGUGCCAACCAGUCAACGCGGAACGAGCCUAUUCCUGGCGAAGAAGGUGUGUAUAGUACAGAAACGGGACCGUACCGGAAACAUGUACGCGAUGAAGUAUGUUCACAAGGGUGAGUGCGCGGUGCGUGGCGCGCUGAAGAACGUCGCUCGUGAAGUGGAGAUUCUGUCGCAGCUGGAACACCCCUGUUUGGUGAACCUGUGGUUCAGCUUCCAAGACGAGGAAGAUCUGUUCAUGGUCUCCGAUUUAUUGCUUGGCGGCGAUCUGAGAUAUCACAUCCAACAGGAGGUGGUCUUCUCCGAGGAAAGCAUAGUGCUUUUCGUUGCCGAGAUUGCUCUGGCCCUCGAUUACUUGCAGAGUCACAAAAUCGUACACCGUGACAUCAAGCCCGAUAAUAUUUUGUUGGACGAAGAAGCUCCGGAAAUUUACAUGUGUUCCUGCGAGGAAUACGGUGUUCUUGGUUACGGUUUCGCCGUGGACUGGUGGAGUCUGGGAAUUCUUGCUUGGGAAACUCUUGCCGGAGAACGUCCUUACCCGCUUUGCUCCACUACGACGCAUAGAGAGGCUUUACAGAUCCUUCAGAAAGAAAGACCGACACCCGCUGACUGGAGUUCCACUAUCAGCGAACUCUUGGACAGAUUGCUAACCGUGCCACCGGGCGCGCGGAUAUCAACUCUGAAGGAGCUGAAGCAAGUGAGCGCGAUGAGAGAACUCGACUUUGACAAAGUGUUGAACAAGCAGAUAAAACCGCCAUUCACGCCGCCGAAAGAUCACCUGAACUGCGAUCCGACAUUCGAGCUAGAAGAGAUGAUCAUCGAGACGAAGCCGCUGCACAAAAAGAAAAAGCGUCUAGCGAAGCAAAGAUCUCUGAAAGUCGAUCAUCCCCCUGAGGACACGGCGGUUGAGCUCGCGGAAGGCGCCGCAGGACCGAGUGUCGAUCUCAGAAGAUUAGCAUUCAUCCCAGAAUACCGAGUUUACAACCGUGAACGCGAAAUGGAGAGACAGGAAAGGGAAAAGAAGGAGAAACAGUGGGAAGAGGAUUUGAACACUGCCAUGAAGGGUGCCGAGGAAAGGCUGAAAACGAAACAACAGCCGGUACAGCGAACAGGAAAUCGGCUGAGCGUCUCUACAACCAGCGUGAAAACGCGCAUAAGCGCAUCCCCGAGGCAAGGAAGGCGCGCUAGCACUGUAACUUCGUCGGAUAUCGACUACAUCGACGCAAGUCCCGAGCCUUCCACAUCGUAAAUUUCUCCUGAACAAUUUCUUGUGCACGAAACAUGAACGUUGGCGUGUAUUCUCGGCAAGAACAUUCUGAACAGUGAUCGUUAUUGAAAGACGUUCAGUCCCCGAUUCGUAGAGAUAUCGAAGUACUUAUUUAAAAAACUUGGUUCACGAUCGUAGUAAAUUGAUCUUGUCUUUCGAAUGAUGGAUUCUUCAGUCAAAUGGCUGUUAAAAGACAAUUUGAUAAUCGUGAAUUCAAUAAGAGUAAGAUCACGGGAAAACUUAAGAUACUUUCACCUCCUUUCUUUUUUUCAGUCUUGUAAGAGUUUGA